AUCUGUGGUCACGUGGAAAAAUCUACAGACUUCCGGUUGUGGGCGACGUUGUAUGCAUUGCGCAUGCGCGAGUAAUAGGCAACGUCAUCACUUCGCCAUAGCUCUACGUGUAUCUUUAGGAGCUGCGUGUAUCAGAGCCAGUGCUAGCAAGUGUAGUUCAUUCGGCUUUGGACAGCUUCACGAAGACCGUUGUGAUGGAUCAGGUAAUGCAGUUCGUGGAGCCAGGACGGCAGUUUGUGAAGGACUCCAUAAGACUGGUGAAGAGAUGUACAAAACCUGACAGGAAAGAGUUUCAGAAGAUUGCCAUGGCCACAGCGAUUGGUUUUGCAAUCAUGGGCUUCAUUGGGUUCUUCGUCAAGCUCAUCCACAUCCCCAUUAACAACAUCAUUGUUGGUGGUUAAACUGUGCACUGGAGACUGAACUGCUGGACUUGUGCCUUGCAUAGGUUUUAUUUUUUUCUUGUAUGUAUGUAAAUUAAAGUAUUUACAAAUUCUUGUUUUUUCUUUGCAAGAAUGUGCCACACACUCUCUACAAACUGUAUUUGCGUGGCUUGUAUUGUAUAAAAAACUUUUUACAUAUA